AUGAAAAGUCGAUACUUUAAAUGUGAUGAAUUUUCCGCUUACAAUACAAGUAAACGAGGAAAAAUGUUUGAGAGUGUUCGUGAGUCAAUGGAACUUUGUGUUAUCCAAUCAAAGCAUCGUUGGGCGUCGACGAAUACAAUCAACAAGGAAACAGUCAAGAAAACAGCUACAAAUAAGAAGAAAAACAUCUUAAAAUCAGUUUGA